AUGACCCCCACCCGCGACAACACUGUUUUUUUUUUUCCUAUCAAAUACUCCUCAUCAUUCUACUCCGCCUUCUCAACCGACUGCUUGUCUCUUUGGCUAAGAUUGCAUCUUCAGCUACACCCACAACGUCCUUGCUUUUUUCGGGCAUCUUAUUCUCGACCUGACUUCGUGUUCACUCUCUCUUCUUCAUUCGAUAUCUCUCCCCUCCUUUCUUUAUCCUUACUCUCCUAUUAUUUUUCUCUCUCGCUCUCCCACGAUCUCUUCCGCCGUUAUUUUACAUCUCUUCCUACUCCUCGUACUCCUGCUACUGUAUAUAUCCCUCUCCUCCUCUUUCUGCACCAAAUUUCAAAUUUUACUUUUCCUCCUACUACCAAUUACUUAUCGCCAUCACUUGAAAUGAACCCAUCCCUUUUUUGUUCAACUUCAAGCAUCGCGGUUUUGAACACGUUUUUCUACUUUGCACGAUUGUGGCCGCCGAUGCUAUGUUCUAUGUCUGUUCCUAUCUAUCUAUCUAUCUAUCUAUCUAUCUAUCUAUCUAUCUUAGUCAUCUAUCUAUUAUGUGUUGACAUCUAUCUAUCUAUGAUCUAUGACAUCUAUCUAUCUAUCUAUCUAUCUAGUGAUUUUCCAAGCGCAAGCUUGCUAACCAUUACACCACCUCGAUGUGCCUAUCUCUCUCUCUCUCUCUCUCUCUCUCUCUCUCUCUCUCUCUCUCUCUCUCUCAGUCUUUGCUGGCUUCAAGAGCCAUCUAUCUAUCUAUCUAUCUAUCUAUCUAUCUAUCUAUCUAUCUAUCUAUCUAUCUAUCUAUCUAUCUAA